UUAAUAAAGUUUGGAAGCCAUCUCCAGUGGUGGGAGCGGCAGCAGAUCGCUGCCGUGCCGACUGGUCGCGUGUGUGUAUGUAUGCGUGUUUGUGUCACUGCGAGUCGAUAAAUUCCUCUCCCUUUGCAGAGCAAGAAGAGAAGAGAAGAGAAGAAAAGAGAGAAAGAAAGGGAAUCAAUCCAAUCCAUCGAUGAUCGAUCGAUCCCGCUCUUCCCUUCCCUUCGCUUCCCGCAUCCCUCUACAUCUCUUCUUUUUUCCUUUUCGAAGCAAUAGUAGCAGGGGCUGCCGCGCAGCAGUUUGAGAAAAGAAAAGGAGAGGCAAAAGAAAGGCGAAAGAGCAGAGCCUGAGGCCCAAUUAUUUCGAUCCCUCCCCAUCUUUUUCCUCCGAAAGCUUGAUUUCCGCCUCUCAGAUCUCCCUCCCUUCUCUCCCUUUUUGUCCCUCCCACCCCUUCGACCCUUUCUCCCUCGGUCGAAUGGGAUUCGCUCGCCCCCAUCGGAAUCCAAGCUUGCCUCCGAUCUUCUUCUUACAAGGCGUACGGGUAGGAUGAUGGGAAUCCGGUUUGAGUGAGGAUUUUUGAUCCAUGAGAGGGGUUGAGGGAUGAUGACGACGACGACGAUGAUGCUGAGGAGAGGAGGAGAUUUGAACCUGAACAGCUCGGUACAGGCGUACGGGGAUUCGAUAAAGGAGGGAUUGAAGCAGGCAAUGCUUCAGCAUGAAGUCAUCUUUAGGAAUCAGGUCCAAGAACUGCAUCGGCUGUACUGGACCCAGAAGAACUUGAUGCGUGAACUCUGCCGGAAAGAAUCUGGUGUAUAUACCCAAUUUUCGCCUCCGCCUCGAAAGGGCUCGGCGGAGUGCAGCGGAUCCGCGGUGGAGAAAAGAGUUUCCAAUGCUCGGUCCGGAUUGCCGACGGCGAGUUCGACGCGGGCACAGGGGAACAUCAAUGAACUCCAUGAGAAUGGGGUGAGGACUUUUGAUCUUGAGCUCCCUGCGGAGGAGUUUAUGAGGGAUCCAGGGGAAGAGAUUGGUGGUGGAUGCUUGGGAGUAAAGGGUUCUGUAGGUGGUGAAAAUGCCACGAAUUCAGAGUGGCUGAAGGCUGAUAUGGGUGCCACAGUGGCUGAGGAACUCAACAGGGGGAGUUGUUCCAAUGCCCGUAUGGUUAUCGAUCUAGAAGAAGAGCCCGUAGAAUUGGAGUCUAAUGGGGAAGCAAAUGUCAUUUCCUCCUCUGGAUUGGAGGCUCCGAUCAAUAAUGCUGCAGAUAAGUGUGGUUCACCACGGACCGUUUCAUCUGAUCGUGUCCAUGCACAGAAUCGUUUGCAUGUGGAUGGUAGUGACGGAUGGGGAGGGCAGAAUUCUACGUACCGUCUCGCUGAUUUAAAUGAAUCUGUCGGUGAUCCCUCUACUAAGCCAUCAAACCUAAAGCAGCAAACUACUUUCUGCAACCGAGUGCACAUUGACCUUAACAUAGCUCAAGAUAAUGAAUCUGUCCAAGCUUUGCCUGAUACCAUGCAAACAUUUCCUUCUCCAUCCACAAGUUCGUCAGUUGUUCACCAUGGAGAUGUUUGGACGGAAUCAAGCAGCAGAUGCCCAAAAGAAUCCUCUGUGACACUUCAGCCUGAUGCUCCAUAUUUUUGUCAAGAGAGGGAAAAGAAUGUUGACUGGUUGUUGCAUGGUAGUCAACAUUCACAUCAAGCUUCUGCAGUGGGUACUAAGUUUUCUGAGUAUAAUGAUAAUCAGUAUGGGAUGGAUCAUGAGAUUCAAAGGUCCAGUGCUGAGGACCCAGCACAUUGCUACCGAAACUUAGAGGAAGGUUUUUCUAGUGUUUCUAUUGGAGGAAUUCAGUAUAGCAUAAACAUAACAGCCCACUCAUCUAUGGGCUUCCAUAAACCAGGAGAUGCAAAAGUAGACUUGUCAUCGGUUCUGCCACAUUCCGAUGUACUUACUGAUAGCAGAAGGCCAACUGUAAUUACAGCCUGCAGCAACAACAUAGAAGAUAACAACUUACGUACAUCAGUUGGGAGUACCAAUCUGCCACCAACAGUAAUCGGAGGUUCAGAAGACAAGCAAGCAAAUCAUGAGGGGAGUGAAGAAGAUACUGUAUCAAGCCAUGUUGUCAGUCGAGGUGAGAAGCAACAGGAUGAAUGUUUUGAAGAAUCUCCCUUCAGAAAUAAGCCUGAUCACAUCACUGGAAAUAGAGAAUGCAUUUCACAGGACAGAGGUACAGAAGGGAAUGCCAUUCUCUCCAUUACUGCAGAUUCUGGAGCAACUCAGCUGGAUACCUCAGGUGCUGAAAGGCUUCCUGUCAUGAAAGUCCCCAUUCCUGAAGUUUCUACUAGUGUCUGCCUACCAGAAAAUUCAUUCGAUAUUAGCAAGUCAAAACCUGAAGACAACAUCAAGCAGCAGACAGCUGAAGCAGUAGAAAUGGACCUUAUGAUUGUCAAGGCAGCGGAGACACUUCUAUCUAUAUCUUCAAAGAGUAUAGCAUAUCCUUUGGAUCAGUUUACUAGCAAUGGACAGGCAGAAGUCGCGACUGGGGAAGGGAGUGAUCAACCUGAGUACUCUUCUGAUUCUUUUGAGGCAAUUACUUUGAAGCUACACGAAAUCAUAGAUGAUGGACAGUCGAUGCCUGCAAAACCUACUGAGAAGGAAGCUGGGCAUGAUGUUUGUGGAGUGAAGUUACGGAGGGGAAGGAGAUUACGAGAUUUUCAGAAAGACAUCUUGCCAGGGCUUGUUUCCCUUUCGAGGCAUGAGAUUUGCGAAGACUUGCAUACCAUAGGGUAUGAGCUUAGGAGGAACAGGUCGCGCAAGAGCUGUGGGGAGACAUGGUUUGCUCCAGUUAGAAGCAGGCGAUCAAGGCGUUAUUCAGUUGGUCGGAGGCGCUAAGAGCCAAAAAUUCUAGACUUGAAUUUGGGAACUUGUUUUAAAAAUUUUAUGACUAAAAGUCUCAUAGCAGAAUGCUUUCUGGUUAGCCAGGAAGUAGAUGAAGCUAAUUCUGACAAUUUUGUGAAUAUAUAUGACCUGAACUCAGUUACAAACUAGCGCAUCUAUAGUUAACAGGUAAGUUUUCAAA